AUGUUCCGCCCUCUCAGCGCCCGCCUUGCGCGGACAAUCCGCCCCAUCACGCAUACAGCUCAGAUUCGCAGCAAGCAGACUUCGGCCGCUGCCGCUGCCAGCAUCUCAGCAACCAAGUCUCAACAGCAGCAGGCCAGAAACAUCAGUGGAAGCCGGAAUGUCAAGGAGAAGCCUCACCCAGGCCAGUACUCCCGAACUGAUCCUGAUGUCACUGUCGAGUACCCCGAAGACCAUGAGCUCCCGUCUAGUCAACCUGUUCGUGGCUCCGGUGGUGGUAUCGGCAAGCCUACUCUCGCGUCGUUCUCUCUUGAGGGUCAUGUCGGCGUCGUCACAGGCGGCGCUCGUGGCUUAGGUCUGGUCAUGGGCCAGGGCAUGGUCUACUCUGGCAGUCAUCUUGCUAUUGUUGAUCUGAACAAGGAGGAAGCUGAGCUUCAGGCCAAGAACCUGACUGAAGCUUUCAAGAGAGAGAACCCAGAAGCCAAGACUGUACCCAACGUCACCGCCCACUAUGCCGACGUCUCGGAUCCCGCUUCCGUCGAAAAGUGCAUCGCUGAGAUAAUUGAUGCCCACGGCAAGAUUGACAACCUCGUCACUUCGGCCGGCUUUACAGAGAACUUCGAUGCCGUCAACUACCCGAUCGAUCGCAUGCGCAAGCUCUGGGGUGUCAAUGUUGAUGGUACCUACCUCUUCGCCAUCUCCGUCGCCAAGCAUCUCAUGGACCGCAAGUCCCCCGGAAGCAUGGUCUUCAUCGGAAGCAUGUCUGGUUCGAUCGUCAACGUGCCUCAGCCCCAAGCACCUUACAACGCCGCCAAGGCUGGAAUCCGCCACCUGGCAGCCUCAUUGGCCGUUGAAUGGGCCCAUGCCGGCAUUCGUGUCAACUGCAUCUCUCCAGGUUACAUGCUUACGGCUUUGACCGAGAAGAUUCUCAACGACAACCCCGACUUGAAGCAGAAGUGGACAUCCCUCAUCCCUCAAGGCAAGAUGGGACAGCCCAAGGACCUCAUGGGUCCCGUGACCUUCUUGCUGUCCGACGCCUCCCAGUACGUGACCGGUGCGGAUCUCCGUGUUGACGGCGGUUACACUGUCACAUAA